UUGCUGAACGUGUGUGUUGUUGUGAGGACAAAAGAUGGCGGCUGUAAUGAGUUCUACACAGUCCAGUCUGGUCCAAUGAUCCUCAACUUCGCCAUUCUGACUUUCACUCUAUAAUCUCGCCUCCUGAUGCCGUCCGAAACUUGCAGCGAGGAAUCGAAGAACAACGUCUAGUUGCCCCACUUCUGGUGGCCCCUCCCCCUGUCAUUAUUUACCAUGGCAACAGCCACAACAGGACGCAAGAGGAAAGCCCCGCCCCUGAGUCCCUCGGAAGGUCCUCCAACGGAGAAAUCAAAACCGAGAAAGAAAUGCGAGAGGAGAGGUUGCGAGCAGUUCAGCCCCUACCCGUUCUGCUUCGUCAGGGCAACGGACAAGUGAGGUCGUGAUCUGGGGUGAGUCACAUGAUUGUCAUGUGAUCUCUUCCCAGGUGUGCAGGUGACGGUCACACAGCACGCUGGUACCACCUCAGUGCAGGCCAGCAUUUCUGCAACGAAUGCUUCGACUAUUUCUACAGAAGCAACAAGCCGGGUAACCUGGUCUACAACAGUUGGUGCACAAUGUGGGAGAGAGAGUCGGGGGAGAGGGUCACUCCAGGGGCCAAGAUGUUCCUGGUCGACCAGUACCUCCCGGUCUGGGUGAGAUGCACGCUCCCCGAGUGCCGGAAAUGGAGGAAACUGCCUCCUGCCAUUGAACUGCACCACGUGAAACAGGACAUCGUCAAGUGCAGCAACUGCUCACGACCCGAGGACGAGGUCGUUGCCAUGGUAAAGAAGGAGGAGUGGAUAAACACCGUCAGCUACACGCCGAUGCUGAGAUUCAGCUUGCUGGCUCCGUUGCUAAGUGAAUAUUUCCCAGACGGAGUCGGGAUUAGUCCAGCAACCAUCAGACACUCGAGCACUGCUCGGAAGAGGGUCGGGAAAUUGGUGAAGAAAGAUGUGACACAGCCUGGAAACAACAGAGGGUCUGCCAUAGCUGAUGGGAGAGGAAAUGAAGGGGUUGGGGAGGGGGGAGGGGAGACAAAGGAGGAAGAGAAAAGGAAGGAGGGAGAUAAGGAGGUUGAAUCAAUGCUGGGAAAGGUAGCAGAAAGUGUGAGAGGGGGAGAGGAGGGAGGGAGAGAGGGGAGGGAAGGGGGAGAGGGAGAAAAGGGACGACAGAUGGUGAAAGUGGAAGGAGAGAGAGUUGCUGUGGAACCAACGAAGAAAGAAGUUGCGUGGAAGACAUUGGUGGACAAGAACGGUCACCAUGUACCAGCCACUCUCCUCCAUCCUCUACAUCCGUUCCACCAUCCUCACGAAGGACCCAGAGCUCAG